AUGCAAAAUAACACAACAUGUCAACUGAUGGAAGAACUUUCUUCUUCAAACGUUCUAACUUCUUCUUUAUUAUUCACUUUAUUAAGCUGUGCAAUCAUAAUUCCAAUGGCUUUGCUAGCAAGUUACCACUUAUGGUUCUCGAGAACCGCAAGCUUGUUUCACAAGAAUUUACGAAUAAUAAUACAAUUUCAUCUUCUUGGAUUUUUGAUCCACAGUGGAGGCAGAUUCAUUCUCCAUUCGAUUGAUUUAUUCAACUACCUUUUCGAGGAUCCCUGUGAUAUGAUUCCUAAUGUUUGGAGAUGUUUCUGGCUCCGUUUAAUUUAUGCCAUAGGUCUCUGGAUAACUUCCACUACGGUUAUUCCACUUGUUUUGGAGAGAUGGAUCGCUACGAAAUAUAGUAAUCGUUAUGAGUCAACUGGUUGCUUGGUUGGUGUAGUUCUUGUUGUCUUGCAGUCGGUAGUAUGUGCUGUCCACAUUCUAAUUCUCUAUUCCGGAUCACAAAUUGAAGGAGUUGUGAUGGCUUAUUGUAUGGUUGCAAGAGAUUCAAAAGUGAAUGUUGGAGAGAUAAAUGGAUAUGCAACGGUUGUCGUUCAACUUCUGGCAAGAUUUUUUUUUCAGUAUCUCUAUAAAAGAAAUGAGAAACUCAGAAAAGAACAACUGGCAUCAUCGCUGUCUACUCGUUUCCAGUUGGAACAAAACCUAUUAGUAAUGGACAUUUUAAAGAUGUUUGCAAAUAUGUCAACAAUAUACCUGGGUCUCCAUGCAUUCAGUUUUAUCGGAGUAUUGAAAUUGAAACAUAUUGUAACUCCACCCGUAUAUUUUGCUCUUGUUGAACUCAAUUCAUCAUAUCCUAUAUAUGGAAUCGUGUCGAUUCUACUCAUGUAUUACAUGCUUCACAGUAAUCGACAGAAAAUUCAUAAUAAUCUCCAAAUUCAUGUGAAUAGCAAAUGGAAUGGAGAGUGUUUUGAUAAAAGAUGA